AUGUCAAAUUCACUGAAAAACAUUCUUAUAGGUGGGGGAUCUGGAUUUGUUGGAAGACAUUUGACUUCUUAUCUUAAAGAAAAAGGUUAUGGAGUUACUGUUGUGUCUCGUGUACCCGGUAGUGGCCGAAUAUCUUGGGAAGAUUUAAAAUUAAAAGGACUUCCAUCUGAUACAAAAGCUGUAGUUAGUUUAGCUGGUCAAAAUGUCCUUGAUCCUACGAAAAGGUGGAGUUCAGGAUUUAAGCAAGAUGUUUGGUCGAGUAGGGUAAAUACUACUAAAGCACUGGCUGAAGCUAGUUUGAAUUCCAAACAUAAACCAGAAGCUUUCGUUUCAAUUUCAGGAGUUGGUGUUUAUUCUCCUAGUCACACAGAAGAAUACAAUGAAGAAUCAUUAGUAAAAGAAUUCGAUUUUUUGUCUGGUUUAUGCUUAGCCUGGGAAUAUGCAGCAAACAGAGCACUUGAAGCUUCAAUUAGAACUGUUAUUAUUAGAUCUGGUGUUGUUUUGGGAAAAGAUGGUGGCAUGAUUAAACAAUUAUGGUUACCUUUUUUUAUGGGUUUAGGAGGACCAAUUGGAAAUGGUUCUCAAUAUUUACCAUGGAUUCACAUUGACGAUUUAACAAGAUUAAUCACCUUUGCUAUUGAAAACUUUUCAGUGAAAGGUGUACUCAAUGGAGUUGCCCCAGAUGUAAUUACAAAUAAAGACUUUAGUAAUGCUCUUGCUAAGGCAAUGAAUAGGCCAGCUUUAUUACCACUUCCAGCUUUUUUGCUCAAUUUAGCAUUAAAUGAAGAAAGAGCAAAACUUAUGACAGAAGGUCAAAAAGUAAUACCGAAGAAAACUUUAGAAAUAGGAUUUCAAUUUAAAUAUCCAAAUAUACAAGAUGCAGUGCAUCAAAUAGUUAACAAAUAA